AGAAGGUGGAGGAAGAUGGUACCUUGGAGCGGGAGCACUGGAACAACAAGAUGGAGUUUGUGCUGUCAGUGGCAGGAGAGAUCAUUGGCUUAGGCAACGUCUGGAGGUUUCCCUAUCUCUGCUACAAGAAUGGGGGAGGUGCUUUCUUUAUCCCCUAUCUCAUCUUCCUUUUUACCUGCGGCAUUCCUGUCUUCUUCUUGGAGACAGCACUUGGCCAGUACACCAACCAGGGAGGCAUCACAGCCUGGAGGAAGAUCUGUCCCAUCUUUGAGGGAGGCUAGGCCUACCGCUACUUGCUAUGGGCCCUUCCUGCACAGGCGUGGGUGGUGUGUGAGAAUUUUUGCACGGUCCUGGCCCAAAGCUUCAGUCCCCUCCCCAGGCAUCGGCUAUGCCUCACAGAUGAUCGUCAGUCUCCUCAACGUCUACUACAUCGUUGUCCUGGCCUGGGCCCUCUUCUACCUCUUCAGCAGCUUCACCACCGACCUCCCCUGGGGAAGUUGCAGCCACGAGUGGAAUACAGAAAACUGUGUGGAGUUCCAGAAGACCAACGACUCACUCAAUGUGACUUCUGGGAACGCCACCUCGCCAGUCAUCGAGUUCUGGGAGAGGCGGGUCCUGAAGCUCUCUGAUGGCAUCCAGCACCUGGGGUCCCUGCGCUGGGAGCUGGUCCUGUGCCUCCUGCUCGCCUGGAUCAUCUGCUACUUCUGCAUCUGGAAGGGGGUCAAGUCCACGGGCAAGGUGGUAUAUUUCACAGCCACCUUCCCCUACCUCAUGCUGGCGGUCCUGUUGAUUCGAGGAGUGACGCUGCCUGGGGCAGCCCAAGGAAUUCAGUUUUACCUGUACCCCAACAUGACACGCCUGUGGGACCCCCAGGUGUGGAUGGAUGCGGGCACCCAGAUCUUCUUCUCCUUUGCCAUCUGUCUGGGCUGCCUCACGGCCCUGGGCAGCUACAACCAGUACCACAACAACUGCUACAGGGACUGCAUCGCCCUUUGCAUCCUCAACAGCGGCACCAGCUUCGUGGCCGGGUUUGCCAUCUUCUCCAUCCUGGGCUUCAUGUCUCAGGAGCAGGGCGUGCCCAUAUCUGAGGUUGCCGAAUCAGGUCCUGGCCUGGCUUUCAUCGCCUACCCUCGAGCUGUGGUGAUGCUGCCCUUCUCGCCACUGUGGGCCUGCUGUUUCUUCUUCAUGGUCGUUCUCCUGGGACUAGAUAGCCAGUUUGUGUGCGUAGAAAGCCUGGUGACGGCGCUGGUGGACAUGUAUCCUCGGGUGUUCCGUAAGAAGAACCGGAGGGAGAUCCUCAUCCUUAUAGUGUCCGUCAUCUCCUUCUUCAUCGGGCUGGUCAUGCUCACAGAGGGCGGCAUGUACGUGUUUCAGCUCUUCGACUACUAUGCAGCCAGUGGCAUGUGCCUUCUCUUCGUGGCCAUCUUUGAGUCCCUCUGUGUGGCUUGGGUUUAUGGAGCCAGCCGCUUCUAUGACAACAUCGAGGAUAUGAUCGGGUACAAGCCAUGGCCUCUUAUCAAGUAUUGUUGGCUCUUUUUCACGCCAGCUGUGUGUAUGGCGACCUUCCUGUUCUCCCUGAUCAAAUACACGCCACUGACCUACAACAAGAAGUAUACUUACCCGUGGUGGGGGGACGCCCUGGGGUGGCUCCUGGCUCUGUCCUCCAUGAUCUGCAUUCCUGCCUGGAGCAUCUACAAGCUUAGGACUCUCAAGGGCCCCCUCAGAGAGAGGCUCCGCCAGCUUGUGUGCCCAGCUGAAGACCUUCCCCAGAGGAAACAGCCAGAACCCACUGCUCCUGCUACGCCUAUGACAUCACUUCUUACUCUCACAGAACUGGAGUCUAACUGCUAGAGUCCAGGGCCUUUGAUGUGCCCAUGAGCCUGGCUGUAGGGACGGCCGUAGGAGCAGAGGGCAGCAGAAGCUCCCCUCUGUGCUGGGGCAGUUAAGACAAGAGGGGGUCUUUGGAGCCCACCUUCUGAGCUGGGUACCUCCUAUUUUGACUCCCCGAUUCCAGAGUGGUCCAAACAUUGUGACAGGCCCGUGCCAGUAACACCCUUUCUGGGCAGUGUGGGAGGCCCAGGGAGGGCUGGGGAGAUGAAAGCCUGGUUGGUCGCUGGGCCCUCUUCCCUCCAUGCCAUUAAAUCCAACUUCCUCCCACAA